AAGAGCUCGCUACGCAGAAGAAAACACAAAAUCCAAGAGAGAAGGAGAACGAUAAGAAGAGAGAAAAAUGUCGUGGCAAACUUACGUYGAUGACCACCUCAUGUGCGACAUUGAGGGCAAUCACCUUACCGCUGCAGCCAUCAUCGGUCACGACGGUAGCGUAUGGGCCCAGAGCAGUUCAUUCCCUAAGUUUGAGACCGAGGAGAUUAAUAGCAUUAUGAAAGAUUUUGCUGAACCAGGCUACCUUGCCCCAACUGGCUUAUUUCUUGGGGGCACAAAGUACAUGGUAAUCCAAGGAGAGCAUGGAGCUGUCAUCCGUGGGAAGAAGGGAUCUGGUGGCAUCACCAUAAAGAAGACCAAUCAAGCUCUAAUUUUUGGUGUCUAUGAGGAGCCCGUGACUCCAGGACAGUGCAACAUGGUUGUUGAGAGGUUGGGGGAUUACCUCAUUGAACAGGGCCUGUAG